GUUUUCUUUUUUUUCUGGGUUAGAUUAUCCUGUGUUUUUAAGAGACGAAUAUGCCACUAAAAUCAUCAGUACUAUCUAAUGCUAGUCGUAAGGCUCCUCUUGUCUUGAGGGUUCUCACUUUUAUUUUCCUCUUAGCUUCACUUAUCAUAUUGAUCAGCGACACUGCCAGUUUAGUAGUUAAGCUUGAUGAGGUUAAUUUUCACUUUAAGGAUGUUAUUUCCUACCGAUUCAUGCUAGCAACAAUUGUGAUUGGAAUGGCAUACACAAUCAUGCAGGUUGUUUUUAGAAUAUAUCAUGCUACCACAGGAAAGAGUGUAUUGAGUGGUGAUGGAAACCUUUUGUUCGAAAUGUAUGGUGAUAAGGUUAUAUCAUAUAUACUAGCAACAGGUGUGCCUGCAGGAUUUGGUGUCUCAGUGGAUCUGAAGCCAAUAUUUGAGGAUUUGGGAGCUGGAGAAGUUGUAGCAUUCUUUGACAAGGGUUAUGCAUCCGCUGGCCUUCUUCUCAUUGGAUUCCUUUGCAUGGCAAUUUCAUCUGUGUGUGUAUCCUAUACACUCCCUAACUAUGUUGAUGUUGCUCAAUCAUCUGUAAAUGUUUAGGCAUUUUAGUGUGCUGGCAAUGAACUAUAAUAUGAUUAAAUGUAUAAAAUAUGUAAUGAAAAAUGUUAUGUAAUUCUCAUUUCGUUUCUAUGGUUUGCUGUAAGGAAAAAGA